UGUUCCACAUGUCUAAAAGUUUCCUGCACCAAGUAUCAAGCAAUGGCUGCUGGAGAUAAGACAACACAAGAGAAUAAAAGUGUUGACUCUGUACACGAUGUAAAUUAUUCGGAUCUUUCUAUGUCAGGUAAAACUUUAAAUUUACUUAACACAAGAGAAUAAAAGUGUUGACUCUGUACACGAUGUCAAUUAUUCGGAUCUUCCUAUGUCAGGUACAACUUUAAAUUUACUUAACACAAGAGAAUAAAAGUGUUGACUUCCUUACACGAUGUCAAUUAUUCGAAUCUUCCUAUGUCAGGUAGAACUUUAAAUUCACUUAACACAAGAGAAUAAAAGUGUUGACUCUGUACACGAUGUCAACUAUUCGGAUCUUUCUAUGUCGGGUAGAACUUUAAAUUUACUUAACACAAGAGAAUAAAAGUGUUGACUCUGUACACGAUGUCAAUUAUUCGGAUCUUCCUAUGUCAGGUAAAACUUUAAAUUUACUUAACACAAGAGAAUAAAAGUGUUGACUCUGUACACGAUGUCAAUUAUUCGGAUCUUUCUAUGUCAGCUGAUUUAAGUAACAAACUAGAGCAGAGAGUAGAACAUCUUGAAAUAACGCUAACUUCUAUGCAAAGUAGGAAUAAAAAAACUGAAGAUGACCUGACCAAAAUUAAGAAAUGGAAGGACACUUAUACAACAGAAGAAAGCAAUAUAAAGGAACAAAUAGAACAAUUAGCUUUAAAACAAAAACAUAAUUCUAAGCAAUUCGGAAAGCAAAUUAACGAACAGAAACAUAUAACUGAUGAGAUGAAUGAAGAAAUGAAACACUUGAGUGAAAUAAAACAUUUAAGAGACACACUUCUUUUAGAAAAUAAUAAAAUGGCGAAAAAACUUAAUGAAUUGUCUCAAAAACAAACAGAUAAUAAUGAAAAGAUUAGAGAGAAAAUACAAGAAGCCAAAACCAAAAUAAAUGAGUUGAAUACAGAAAUUGAGACACUCAAAGAAAAUGAAUCAAACGCAAGACAAGCUGUAGAAAGCACGCAUACAGAGAUGAACAAGUUUGACAUUAUAUUAAACAAAAUAAAUGAAGAAUUAGAAAUUCAAACAACUAAAACAGAGAAAUUACAAAAACAAGUAAAAAGUCAUUCUGAUGUUAUUUCCUACUUGAGGGAAGAAGAAAAUAAAAACAAAAAUAUGGAAACCAAAGUAAAAAAGUUAAUUUCAAUGCAUAGCGUCACUUUCAAGAUCUUACAACAAAGAUUGAUGCCCGUCGAAAAUUUAAUUCAAAUGUUUAAUCACAACUUGGCGAAUAGACAGAUGAACCAACAAAAGCUUGCAACGUUGGAAAAUGAUGUUUUGAAAUUGUCAAGUGGUGUAGAUUCAAUUAGACAAGACAUCAAAAGCCACUCUGCUCUGAUUUUAAUUCUACAAGAUGAUAGGAAGAAAAUUCUGGCCAACACUACAAAAUUGAUGGGGACUUUAACUACGAAGGUUUCAACUCGUGAAAGUGAUGUUUUAAAGCUGUUGAAAGUUUUCAAGACAAUUGAGACCCGUGUAUUUAAGCCUUACAUCUGUCAAAUUCACCUGAACAACUACACACCCGUAACUACUGGAUCAAUUCUUUCAACAUUCCAUGGCGCGUGGGAACCUAACGGCAGCCAUUUUAAUAGAACCACAGGAAAACUUGUAGCACCAGAUGAUGGUUUUUAUCUUGUGAUUGUGACGCUGCAGGAAUGUGAGGAUAAACUGAUUGAAAUUGAUGUGUACAGUGAUGCUAAAUUGUAUAAGAGCUUUGUUGUUAACUCUGCCAACACAUCUGCCGCUGGAUCAACUGUUAUUUACAUGAAGAAAGGCCAAGAACUUUACUUUAAAGUAGACAAAGCUGACGAUGGAGCCAAGCUACAAGUCGGAAGUGGCUUUACUAUUAUUAGAUUGUAAAUUUAAUCAUGGUUAUGAAAUAAGUAGUUUAUUAUUUAUUUCACACCACAUCAUUUUCUAUUUUUAAAAUUAUCCAAUGUUCCUAUGUUGUAUGCAUGUGCAUAUCGUUUCAAUAGGUAGGUUUCACUUUUUCUGGCAGACAUAUUUUAGAGAAAUAUUUUAACACACUGAAUUAUAAUCUACACUUCAUUUUUGGAAAACAAAUGGUUUGGGUUUUUUUUUCGGUUGCAUUUUAAAUACAUACAAUUAAACAUACAAAGAGUUUGUGUUUUAGUAUUAUAACAUAAAUUAAUGUUAAGAUAAUAUAAAGUUGCUAUGCUUCACAUGCCAUCGUGAAAUGAACAUAUACAUAGUAAAAUAUUAUGACUUGUCAAUUCAGUACGUUCAUGUCGCAUAUAGCUUGCAGCACCCCUUUCUGUCAUGGUUUAAUCAUGUCAAUAUGUAAAGAUAUACAUGAAUAUAAUGGUCAAAACUGUAAUCAAACAACUUGAUUGUUUAUAUAAGUAUAAGAGAAAGUAAAAAUUGUCCAAUUAAUGCAAUUGAACAAUGUUGUUUUUUUUUAAAAAGAAUCGUUUUUAAUUAGUUUCAGUAGUUAUUUUACAUGCUAUAGAACGCUUUAGGAUAUGGGUUAGUACGAAAGUAAUAUAUUAAUAUGUGUAGUGAUAAACGCAUACAUACGUUGCAAAAUGUUAUUUUAAGACGUACUAAUACUAAGAAAAAAUAAGAUGAGUGAAAUAUAAACCUAGCCCUAUUAAAAUCUCAGUAGACGCCUAUGUAAAAGUUCAACAAUCAGGUCCCUACAUCCAUUCCUGUAUAAUUUUUCAGAUGAUUUUAUAUAAAAUGAACAUGUAUGAGAGUAUGUUAAUUUUGACCUUGUGAAGUGUUUAAAGUACCCACCCGAUCUGUCUUGAUUAGAGAUGACGUAGUCUACUCUAUCCCGAAAUUCGAACCCGACACUUUCCGGUUAUCACAUGACAUACCACACGACCACACCGUUUAAAUGUUAAAGACUGAAAGGGUAACGGUCGACUUCAGCCUUGGUGUGAGUCAGGGGCGUAGCGAGGGGGGGGGGUGCGGGGGGUGCGGACCGCACCGGGUGACACCAUUUAGGGAGGUGACACCAAGGCAAAAAAUAG